AUGGCCGAACCCCAACCCCCCACCAUCCACGAAGGCGCCUCGACCCCUGCCCUCGACGACGCCGCUUCUACCCCUCCCAAUGGCACGAAGAAAGAAGUCGACGGCAAAGCCCUCGACAAAGCGAUGAAAGGGCUGAGCGUAAAAGAUAAGGCGGAGGAAGAAAAGAAGAAGAAUGUUAAGAUUGAGGCGAGCGAUGUGGCGGUUUUGGUAUCCGAGUUGGAAAUUACAAAAGCGAAAGCGACGGAGUUGCUACGGGCGAAUGAGGGGGACGCGGUCAAGGCUUUGGUUGCUUUUGUUACUGCGGCGCCUUGA